AUGUACCUUAGCACAAUUGACAGCGGAGAGGAGAUAGCAGGACCACACUGUGAGCUUCUUGACGGAACUGCAAGUGGCCCUACAGCAGGCUUCACCAUGGUAUCAAGAGAGCAUGUGGGCCAUGGAACGGCUCUGCUGUGCUGGAGGUACAUGGGGCACCUGCUCUGUGCACUCACUGUCCUGGAGGUUGUCGGGACAUUGGGACUGAUGAUCUACGCAUUGCUGGUGGAAGCAGGGAACCUGGUCAACCUCCCCAGCAAACGCAUUGGCUUUUACAACUUCUGCCUUUGGAACGAGACGGCGGGGAAGCUGCAAUGCCUGGAAGUCAGCCAUCUGCAGGCCAUGGGCAUCAGCUGGCUUGGAAUAGCACUGGCCAGGGUUUGUGUCUAUAUCUGCUCAGUCAUCAGUUUCUUCUACCCCCUUUUCCUUGCAAACGUGAGGUGCGCGGACAAGGUAAAGGGCUGGAGGGGAUUGCUCAUCAUACUCAUCACCAAAAUGUUACUCCUAUCUGGAGGCCUGGGUAUAUUUCUCCUCCAAACUUCACCGUGGAUUCACCCCUCCGAUUUCACUGGGGGUUUUCUGGCACUGGUUGGAAUUCUGGCUCUGAUUCUGCUCCAGAUUCUCACUGUCACUAUGUACACCAUCUGGGCCAAGCACAUGAAGCUGCAUCAAAGCCCUUUCACUGAGGAGGCCUUGCCCAUUAAAAUCUGAAACUGAGAUGCAGGACGAUAUGAUUUAGAACAGUAAUCAUGCUACAGCUUUAAUCACUGGCAGGAUCUUCAUUCCAAGUGUUCACAUCCAGUGUCCUGGUUUCAGCUAGGACAGUUAUUUUCUUCACUGUAUCUGCUACAAUGCUGUGUUUUGGCUUUAGGAUAAAAACAAUUUUGAUUACAUACCAAUGUCUCAAUUGCUGCUGAGUAGUGCUGUGCAGAGCUGAAGACGUUUCAGUUUUUCAGCUUCUCUGCCAGGCCAAGCAAGGGGACUGAGGGCUAGGAAGCACAGAGCUAGGAAGGGUCAGAACGAGGAGAGCUGCCCUAAACUGAUCAAAGGGAUAUCCCAUACUAUAAAAUACUAUGGAAAACCUCUAAAAACAUUUCAAUUUCUCAACUAUGGGUGCAUUGCUUAGCUGCACGAGUGGAAAUCACGUGUUUAUUUUGCAGUCAGAACCAGGGAAAGAAGCUUGCCAAAGAGGGUGUGGCAUCAGAAGACAGACUGUCCUACCCCCCCUGAGCAAGUCUAGGCAAGUUGCCCAACUGCAAAAGAGGCCUACGUGACCAACGUGACAAGGGACAGUGUGGCUACAACCUCAAAUUAAACUGGAGGCCACACAGGUAUAGAAGUACUUUGCAUCUUGUACUACACACUGCAGUGAGAUACAAAGAAAUAUUUAACUGAUAAUUUGCUGUUGUUUCACCUAAAUUUAGCCCAAGGGAACUCCAAAAGUAACUCAGUAACUGAUAUGUUCAGGUAGUGAUAUGUGACUGCAGAAGGGAGCUGGGCGGGGGACAGCUGCUGCUUGGGGACUGUCCAGGCAUUGGUCAUUGGGAAGCAAAGAAUUGCACUGUACAUCCCUUGUUUUGUAAAUAUACAUUACUAUUGUGUUA